AUGAACGCAGCGGCGCUGAAGGAAUGCGGGUCAGCAUCCGCAGCCCAGCAGCAGAUCUUCAAGGCGCAUGUGAACGACCUGUGCGCGACGGUGUUCGCAGCAGCGCUGAGGAAAUACAACCCAGAGGACAAACAGGAAGUGGCGCCUGUGGAUGAGGAGACAGUCGCCAAGCUGAAAGAGUUAGAAACGAAGCUCAAGGAGAAGGAAGCUGCUGUCAAGAAACUCCGGGAACGAGUACCGAGGAUGGCGGCGGCUGAUGCCCGUCGAGAACUGGAGAAAGCUCGCAAACGCCACGCAGAUGUGCUCGUGGCGGAGCCGGAGUUGACGGGAGACCUUGGCUCAGAACUGACGGAAGAGCAAGUGGAGGCACUGAAGGCAGCCUACGUGAAGACGACGUCUUCGAUUGCUAUUACGAGUGCGAAGCUGUCACAAGUCAUGGACCAAACCACCGAGACGAUUAACAUUGUGGAGAAGGCGAUGAAGCGGCCAAAGACUGAAAUUGACAUUGCUAUGGAGAACAGUCCGAUCAAGGCCAAGGCAUUGCUCAACGAGGAGGAAAAGAACAGCCUCCAGCAGCCAUCGCCUCUUCGAACUCGUCUAGCAUUGCAGUUGAGCGCCUCUAAAAACGUGUAA